GCACACAGAAUAGCAACAGUCACGGAAAAUUUAGACGCAGCGGAGCGUUGAAUAAAAUACAAAAACGGUACACUAGGAGUGAUACAAGGUGCCAUUAUUGGAGGUUUACUAUUCAAGAGCAGACAUGGCCGUUUCAGUAGGAUCCGUAUUAGUUCUCUUGUUUUGUAUUGCACUGACUGUCAACUAUGUGCGGAGCCAAGCUGCCAAGUCAGCAACUGCCGUGACAGUCGACCAGGGCCAGGCACAAACAACUGGUGAGCGAGAGAAUGAGUGGGAAGGUCCGCCUGGUGGAGGUUACGCCGGGACAACGGAUAUGAUGACGGCAGCGGUACCGACGACUGGAGAACCCGCCGAAGCGCCCGAAAUGGAGGAAAUGAUUACAACUACUACCGUUAAACCUAAACCAACCAAACCAAAACCCCGAAAGCGACCGAAGUCGAGAAGAAGACGACCAAAGAACUUAAAACCUAAACCAAAGUCCAAAAAGGCAACGCCAGCACCAACGCCAGCACCGACCCCAGCACCGACGACGCCGGCGACCACUCUAGCACCAACACCGGCAAUGACACCUGUGCCAACACAGGCCCCUACCCCUGCACCGACCAAAGCGCCGGUGAAAAAGACGAAAGGAAAGGUUUCGAAAAAGGCAGGCCUCGCCAAAGGAAAAAAGGCCAGACAGGGUUAUGCCGCUGGGGGUGGUGCUGCCGCACCUGCCCCUCAUAUUGUUCAGCAACCGGUGUACAAGCAACCUGUUGCUACAACAACACCAGCGCCUUUAACCAAGUCACCAAGCCAGUAUCUGUACGAACCGCACUCCUGUCCUAAAAUGGACGUGGCAACAUGGGAGAACGAAGUGGUGAUUUAUGACAACAAAAAUUGUGCAAUAAUUGUGCGGAUGAACCCGAGACUACGAAGACCAACAGUAACAAUGCAGGCUCCAUAUUGGUGACCGCUGAUCAUACUUUUGCAAAUGGCGACGUCAUUGUUCUUCUUUGUUAUUUCGGAUUCAAUGUUUUGGCUGUACAAACUCAUUUGCUAUUGUACUGGUCCCAUAGAAAUCCCAUUGCACCAGCAGAUUUCAACUCCUGAUUUAUUCAAUCGAGUGCACCUUGCACACAUACCACGUGACACAAAUAACAAUAUGGUCACCGGAGUGUCACGUGAAUUUUUAUCAAUAAAUGGAGAUGGUGAAUUAAAAUCAUAAAUAUGUAUACGUGUUUAUAAUAUGGCAAUAUCGGUUGUUAGUGUUAUUUUGAAUAAAUUUUAUGUGGAGAGA